AUGGAAUUUUGCCCAACGUGUGGGAUGUUAUUGCAAUAUGAGCAACCAAAUAUGGGGCAAGGAGCUAGAUUUUAUUGCCCUACCUGUCCCUAUUUCGCUUCUAUUGAGAGCAGGGUCAAGAUAAAGAGAAAGCAAAAGCUUGCUAAGAAAGACAUUGAACCUAUUUUCACUCUCGAGGACAUGAGGAAAGGCGGUGCUGAAACCGACGCAACGUGUCCCCAUUGCGACUUCGGAAGGGCCUGCUUCCAGCAGAUACAGAUUAGAUCAGCUGAUGAGCCAGCAACAACAUUUUACUUUUGCUUGAAUGAGAAGUGUGGAAAGAUGUGGCGCGAGGAUUGA